AUGUAUAUGGUGGACUCAACGCCAGUUUUCCAGAUCCCUCAACAACAACAACAGCAACAAGCGUAUGCCGGUUACCCACAACCUGGUUAUCCACAAACAGCUGUCUAUCCGGGGACGCCUUAUUCACCUUAUCAGCAACAUGGGGCCUAUCCAGCACAAGUUCAUUACACUACCUAUCCACAAGCUACAGUCUACACCACUCAACCAACAGUUAUGUGA